AAAUAUCACAAGUAGCCGCGACCGGAAGGAUGCCACUAAUAGACGGAAAACAAGGAUUCCAUCCUGUUUGUUUUUUAGUUGGUCACUGAGCUCCCUCGGACAUGGGUGUAUCUGGGGUGUGGAGACGGUUUCUACUGGUCUUGCUGAUGGAGACUCCGUCAGUGACAAGUCUCCUAUGUCUUCGCUGUAAUAGUCUCAGUCACGGCGCACUCUGUGGACCGGAUGCUUUGUCUCUUGUCCACAACAAGUCCACUGUGGAGGUCUGUGAUGGAACUUGCAGGGUCAACAGAAUCCUGUCCCCCCAGGGACACGAAGUCCAUCUGAGAGAUUGUUCAAGGACUAAGAAGACCGGAUGUGUAUCAAAGAACUUUACAUCGCCGGGCGGAAGAAAAAAAUCACUUCCGGGGAAGCUGUGUCAGUGUGACCGAGACCUUUGUAACGUUGACUUCACGUACGGCAGGGAGAACCGGGCGGUCGUUUCCGCUCGCUUCCAGAUCCCUGAUCCACUUCCGACCCCAGCCGGAAGUAAAGGGAUACCAUUAUUGCCAAAUGACUUGAUUUUCUCUUUUAUGUUCAUACAUGUAUUUUUGCUGAUUUGAAUUUUUUCCUCUAACCAGUGCUUACUGAUAUUUUCCUAAACGAAUUUACAGAGCCUGGUACCCGGUAGAUAUUUUGUUGAUAUCAUCAAACAUGUUCAUUUAUCAAAUAUUCUAUUAUUUAGAAGUCAAACCCCAUCUUACGUAUUCUUUUUUUAAAAAAACAUGGUGACGCACAAAGUUAAUUAGCCUAACCCAUGAUUAAGCAAAUAUCGAAUUUUUACACGAUUUGUAUAGUUGAGUUUCCCUUCUGCUUCAUAGCCGCGCAAGCUCAGGGGAAUGUAAAUACUGCAGCGUGGCAUAUAUCAUGAGCCAGCGGCCUCUCAUUGAAACCUGAUAUCAUAAAGAACUUUAUUACAUACCAAGUAAUAAAUACAGGUUUUGUGCAUAGGUGAUACAGAUGACAUCACAAAACUCGUAUCGGCCUCCGGGGCUGGUACAGGUUAUCAGCCCUUGGGCUAAUACGGAUUCGUAUCACACCCCUUGCGAGACUCCUCUGCCUUCUUUCAUUCUGUAUUUGUGCAUGUUUACAAAUAAAUAUUUGUUACAAUCGAUAUUUAUAUAUAAGUGCAGUUUAAAACUAUGGGGAAAUUCUAGUUCUGUAGCUACAUGUUUGGUAAAACAGUAAGAUACAUUUUUAUUUAAUACAUGUACAGACUACUUUCAAAUACUAUUUAAAAUCAAUUUGUUCAAGCAGGGACGUAUAUACUAACUGGUAGUAUAUACGUCCCUGGUUCAAGCUGAUGUUUUUUCUUAAAUUUUAUUACUAAGUAUGUAAUAAAUAUAAUAAUAUAUGCCCUUUUUCCAUAUCACAGCCUGUAUAAAGCCCUCGACCAAUAUCAUACCUCGGGCCUCCGGAGUGAGGGCUGAUAUUGGAGUCUCGGGCUGUAUUAUUCUCUACAUAUAUUAUUUAGAUCCACUCUGUAAAUGCAGACAUCGAAUAGCUUCAGGAUCAAUUUUUUUUUCUCAUUGUGUUAAUCCCAUUGCAACUUUUUUUUAGACAGCGAUCGUGUUCAAGCGACACUAACAUUAAUGUCCAAAACAACUCGGUUUGGUUUGGUUUUAGUGCAUUUCUAGAUGAGUUUUAAUGACUUGUAAACUGAUAGAUGAUGAAAUUUGAUGCGUGAAACCAUCUGCAUAAUAAAAUUUGGGGGUUUUUUUCUCUUAAUUCCGUUGUCAUUUUUAAAAAGUAAAACAUCUAUUUUGAAUCCCCAUUUCCUUUUAAUAUGCGAAAAAUUAUUGA